UCUUACAUUGCGAGGAGUGAAAAAGAAGGCACACAGAGCACCCCCCCUUGUUCUGCGAAUGUACUGCAGCGGAAAAAUAAUUGAGGAACGCGGCGCGCCGCCUGAUCCUGACGUGACGCUCACGCACUUCCCUUUCAUCUUCCAUCCAACCCACCAACGUCUGGGGUGGAAAGUGCGUGACGGGAAAGCAAUCUGCGCGUGCGCCGGGCCCGCUUCUCUCCCCCCUCCUCAUCCCGUUCAGGAUGGAGCCAUAGAGUACCAAGUCCUCCAGGUACUAGAGUGGGCGAGAAUAUCAGAGAUAGGAUGGAAGAAGAAUAAAAGGAGCGCCUUCGUUUCCUGUCCUAAGAAUGCAGUUCCGGGAAGAGAGGUGAACGUUUUCUGGCUGGCUGCAAUAUGCGCCCUUGGUCUCCCCAGGAAAGGCCCAGAUUCUGACUGAGAGGAGAUUUUGGGGUUGUCAUGGCAACGUGAGCCGGUUCGACCCAAGGCCUAGUCAGAGCCGUAACUCGAGGGCAGUCACCACCUCGUCAGCUGGCAGCAAGGUGAGAUUGAACAAGAAGUAGAAGGAACUCCCUACUGCUUCAGAGACCAGAUCCAGAGUCUCUAGAAGAGAAAUUGAGCAGAAGUUAGAAACAAAUUGAGGACUGAACGUCAAAAGUCCAAACUACCUGGCAUGAUCCUCAAGGACCCAUCUCUUCGUGUGUCCUGUUUUCUGCAACAGCUGGCCAGGGGGGUACAAUGAAGGUCCCUGUUGCUGUCAUUCGCCUGCCCCGUGGACCGGAUGGCUCAAGAGGGUUUGAUCCCAACUCUCUUCGUUUCCAGACUUUGGGUCCCGCCAGCCUCUCCUCCAUGGGCUCCGGGAACGCAGAAAACUUGGAACAGGAGCAGCAAAGCCGAGUGGCGCUGCGGGAACGUUACCUGCACAGCCUGCGGGCCAUGGCUGGGCGGCCCGUCCGCUUCACCAUGUAUGAAAGGGUCAACGUCACCGCCUUGUUCGGAGCCUCCGACAUUGACAUCCUGAACUUCCAGGUCUCUGAACUGCAGACUCCUCUGGGGAUACAGAAAGAAGCACUCCUACGCUGCUCAGAUAUCAUUGCUUACUCCUUUGAACUUUGAGGGCUUUUCCCGGCCUGGCUUCUUUUAUAUAUAGAUAAUAAAUGCUCUUCUGUUCUAGA